UUCAGUGUCUUGGGCUUGUGAUGUGAACAAAGCUGCUUUUGUGGCUUAUUUACACUUCGCCUGCUAUUCAUCUUCCUCGCAACAGGAUGUAUUUACCCUAGCAACACCUUGAUCGCAUCAUUUGACCACACACGCACGCACGCGCACACUGAGAUGCUCACUGGAGAAGAAGGGGAAGAAAAGAAAAAAGAAAAGGUGGUCCAUCGGCGGAGGAUGCCCGUGAAAGGGGGGCGGGGCCAGCCCCCGUCCCUGCCGUGUGGCACGCUGAUGGCAAAGUAUAAGACCCCCCUGCAAGCGGGCGACCUGCACGAGCGAGCCACUGCGUUACCUCCACCUGUCCCGACAUGCAGAUGCAGCAUCUCCCCUCGGUGGUCGCCCUCCUGGCAUCUUGCUGGACCUUCUGCGACGCGGCGGGGGACUGGUGCUAUCAGUCACAGUUCACCUGUGAGCGUCAGUGUAAUGCGCCGGAAAAGUGGAACCACGCAAACGGCGCCUGCGCCGGAAAGUCCCAAUCGCCCAUCAACAUCGUCACCAGAAAGACGUUGAAAGACGAGCGUCUGACCCCCGUUGAGUUCGCCAACUACCAGCAGAUCUUCCGAGGAACCAUCAAGAACAACGGCCACUCGGUUCAAGUUGGCGUCCCUCACCUCAGCACCAUCUCGGGUGGGGGUCUGCCCAGCACCUACAAGGCCGUCCAGUUCCACCUGCACUGGGGCAACAAUGGCGGCCCGGGAUCUGAACACACCAUUGAUGGGGAGCAGUAUCCCAUGGAGCUGCACAUCGUGCACAUGAAGCAUCGAUACAACGAUUUGGUGACAGCACUUGCAGAUCCAGAAGGCGUUGCAGUCUUGGGCUUUUUUUACGAGAUGUCCAACAGUGCGAACCGAAAGUACGACCCCAUUAUCAGCGCUCUGCGGAGCAUCAAAACCACAAACGCCAAUACCUCUCUGCCUCCUACAUCCUUGGCACAGCUCAUUCCACCUGAGCACAACCUGACCUCCUUCUACCGCUAUAAGGGGUCCUUGACCACACCGGGCUGCACGGAGGCCGUGGUUUGGACCUUAUUUGAGAAUCCCAUCCCGCUGAGCUUUGAACAGCUGCGGGCUUUCUCUGAGCUCAAGUUUCAUGAUGGGAAGGCAAUGGUGGGGACCUUCAGGCCAGUGCAGCCCCUCAAUGGCCGCCGGGUGUUCCGAUCUGGAAGUGCGGUGGUCUCGGUCAGCUCCAGGCUCCUCAUGGCCGGCCUGGCCAUGGCCUUGGGACUCUCCCGGCUCAAUUAAGAACGAAGCGCCCGUGCUGCACUGCGACACUCAUGAACAUUGAACAUCAUUCCUGGUUUUGUGGCCGCAUGGUCUCCAAAACGGUUACACAUGUCGUAGUGCAUGCAUCGCUCACCGGGUGGCCCCAGUCUUCUUAUAACACACAUGACAAGGGUCUAAAAAGAGCACCCUGGAGGUGUAUAAGGGUUGAUCAGGAUGCAUGCAUGCAUGCGUAGUGAAUAAGCAGGUAAUACGUCCGCUUUAUGAAUGUGUCAUGAAGUACUCAGUGACCAGUGCAGUCAGGCCCCUGCCCUGAUAUUUCCCAGCAUCACAUCAAAAGUACACACACACAC